AUGGCCUCCGUGUCCAUUCCCACAGCGCCCACGGCUCAUGAGAAUGCUCGAUUAGCUCGACUACGAGGCCUGCGAGCAGCGCGAGCAGAGCGAGCAGAGCCCUCGGCUGGAAGAUUCCAGACACAGCUCAUCGCUGGCAUCACUGGCAUCGCUGGCAUUGCCGGCCUGGCUCCUGUCCUUGCAGUGAGCCAUGCGAGGCGGGAGCGCAGAAAGGCGCGCAAGGCGCGCGGGGCCCUGGCGAUGAGGGCCGAGCCCGAAAGCUCGGUGCGGCAGGCGAAGCAGAGGAGCACGCCCGACCGACAGGCGGCGCUGGCCAUGAGCAUGUACGGCCAGAAGAUCAUCGGGGCUGACAAGACGGUCCCCGAAGUGGUUCCUGCAGAACUCCUCGAGGGUGAGUUUGGUAAGGAGCUCGAAGCAGCCAUGGAGGCCAUGGUGGAGGUUCUUCACAUGCUAUGCCUGGGGACGCUCAUCUUGGAAGAUGUUAAGGACAGGUCGACCGUGGGGUUGUAUGGUUACAAGCUGGAAGAGAACUAUGUGCGAGAUGAGACGACCAUGCCAACGGCCGCCGUGACAUGCUACAUCAUGAAGAUGUUGAAGGAGAAGUUCCCAGAUGAUCUUGUCAUGUCCGACGAGAACCCGGAGCUGUUGGCCGAUGAGAAGUUUGCCGAGACCGUGGCCUCCUUCCUCUCGAACUUUGACUUGAUUCCUGAGGCAGAUGCAGCUAGCGUGUCGGAGUGGCACGGGCUCUGCCAAACCUACAACGGUGCUGAGAAGUCCCCGGACAGAUAUUGGGUGUUUAACCCUGUGGACACGGAGGUGGAGUUCCGUGAUGCGAAGCAGUUCUGCAGCACCUUGUGCCUUAUGCAGGGGGGCGAGCCAGUGGUGAGCGUUGUGGGCUGUCCCAUGCUCAGCUUCGACCAUCCAAGUCGGAGCACAAGCCACCCUUCAGGAAGCAGCAUCUUUUACGCUGUGAAGGGCCAGGGGGCAUGGACUCAAUGCGUCAUCAUGGAAAGACAAACUGGUAUCUACUUGGGCCGGUAUGGGCUAAAAGGCAAAUCUUUGAAGCUGGAUGUUACUCAGAAGAUCAAGCGCGGCAAUGAUGGCCUCUAUGACAUGCUCGGAACGGAGCAGCUGCGUAUCGCGCAGCAUUCCCGAAUGCGUCAGGACAUUUUCUUGGACUCUGAGCGAAUCGCAAAGUUGCUGGGUUCGGAGUUCGCAAAGUUUCACUUCGUGAACAGUGCGCUCAAGUUCUGCUGGCUGGCUCGUGGAGAUGAGGAUGUGGCGUGGACAAUCACUCAGGGCCUCUACGACAAAUCUUCCACGAUGAAAGCCACAGAACAUGCAGCAGGCGUUCUUGUGGCCUUGGAGUCGGGGGCAGCGGUUGCCGACCUUGAUGGCAAGGACAUUGACUGGUCCUCUGGGCCCAUGCUUUCCCUGAAUCGGGGGCUCUUUGCCACGGACCCCAAGAAGGUUCCCAAGCAGGGCUUAAUCAACGCUGUCAAGGACGCAACGAACAAGUCAGAGGUCCUCUACGAGGACAGAUGUGAAAAGAGGAAAGAGAAGGCCGCAUUGCUACGGAAGAUCUUCGAAAAUUUGGCCAACCACGCUGAGACCCCAGAAGAGCUGAAAGGAGCCGAAAUGGUGCGGAAGAAAGGCAUCGAGAUGCUGGACGAUGAGGAAGAGAUGAUGAAGCUGACGCAAGAGUCCAUGGACCGAAACGCGCCCAGCAGAAUGGGGGAGCCUCCGCAGCCCGACCCGGAUGCGCUGGAGGGUGCCCUCCCGUAUUCGCCCAUCAAGUCCGACGACUAG